CGGGAGAGCCUAGCCAGCUAUGCGGAGACGGCGAGACAGCGAGCAGCGCACCGAUGCGGAGCUGUGCGACCGUCCGGCGCGGCUACGAGGCGGUUCUGCCAGAAGCAAGCGUGAGUCAGCCCUGGAACGUCAACAGUGGCCGAGAAACGGUGCUAGCAUGGAACAUGUUCCUCGUCCUCGUGCACAUGACCAUCCUAACCACAACAACGAGCACGCGGCGUCGCCGCGGAGCCCGAGGGAAAAAUACUAGGAGAGACGGCGCGAUGGGACGCGCGCCGUUGUAUUCUCCACCGUGACAUCGCCGCGCUCCUUGGAAAUAUAUUCGCGCGACGAACCACCACCGCGAUCUUGCGCGCGAGCGCGAUGGGGCCCUCCUUCGCGAAGCGAUGACGGCAGGUUGCGCACAGAAUGCACGGAAAAUAUUAUUGUUAUUGCCGUUGGGGUGGGUAUCUCGCACGAGGUCGAGCGGCGCAUGCGUCUUCCGAACGCGGGAGGCAAGCACCAAGGAAGGGGAGUCUGUCCGGAGGCAUGAUGCCCAGUAGGUUUUCCACACGGCAUGUGCGGUGGCUGCCAAGUUGCGCGUUGCAGCGCAGCCACUCGGAACUCAUUGUUUUCAGGCAUCAUGCACAUGGCUCUGCGCACGUCGAUGCAGAUCGUUGCGCAGAAUCUGAGGCUCACGACGCUGCAGCCAUCAUGGGCCAGCAUAUGUGUUGCCGACGAUCUAAGGGCACAAGGACAAGGGCGAGUCUCAUUCUGCGAGCUUGUCUGCCUGAGGCUAUCACGGACUGCGGGCCCAAUAGACGGCGACCAUCAACCGUCCGUCCUCCACGCGCGGACGCGGAUGCGACUGCGAUGCCGCCACAACUCUGCAGUGCGCACUUGGCGUGGGGCGGAUGGAAUAUGGUUGCGAGCUGCAUCGCAGAUCGCGUUGCCUGCCCGUUGGACGCGGCCUCGCAAGAUUUACAUCUCCGCCUGGGACAUCUCCGCAGAUUUCACAGCGUCGGGCGCGGAAUCUCUGCGGGUGAGCGUAAGGGACGUCUGGCCUUGCUCGCGCAAAGGCAUCUGGAAGGGGAGAUGGCGGGGGGCGCUUGAACGAGUUACGCGCGCGUCGAUGGUCGGCUUGUAGAGUGGAUACGCGAUUACAAUUGAUCGCUCUAGUGCCGAUCCCACGAGCCAGGGUACAGGGAACUGGGCACCACGUCCCAGGAAGUCUGAGCUGUCCAGGGGCACUGGCUCUGGAGCAAGGCCAGGAAACGGGGAUGCGUCCAUGCGGGGCGCUUCUCAGAUCGAUUUGCAAGGCACAUAGCGAGGGCGCGGCUGGGAUCCGUGCACAUUACGUG